GUAUCGCAGUGAUGCUGCUCGCGGCCGUGUGGAGGAGGAGAGAGAGGCUGCCCGCUGCCCAAUGACAGCGCAGGAUGCUGAGAGAGGCUGUUGGGCUUGAAUGGAGGCGACAAGAUGCCGUCCAGAGCGACCAAGGAGACCAAUUGACAUCUGAAAAGAUCUGACAUUGAUGUGACCUAACCCACCCAUUCAGACAUGAACUAAGUCAUCCAUGUUUGGUUGAAAAAAGUCAGAGCAGUCUCAUUUGAGCACGCCCCUGUUAAAGGACCCUCUGGUGGCUACUCCUCUGAAUCACGGGACAUGUACGGCAGUGCCAGAGCUGUAGGUCAUGUAGAGAGCAGCCCUGUACGGUCCCCGCGCCUUCCAAGGUCCCCCAGACUGGGCCAUCGAAGGGCACACAGUGGGAGCGGGUGUGGUGCAGGGGGCAAGACCCUCUCCAUGGAGAACAUCCAAUCACUCAACGCUGCCUAUGCUACUUCAGGGCCCAUGUACCUGAGUGACCACGAGGGCGUGGGCUCCACUGCCACCUACCCAAAGGGAACCAUGACUCUGGGUCGCGCCACCAGCCGGGCCAUGUACGGGGGUCGCGUCACAGCCAUGGGCAGCAGCCCCAAUAUUGCUUCAGUGGGGCUGCCUCAUGCUGACCUUCUGUCUUACAGUGACCUGGGCUCCCUCUCCAUGCUGCACGCCCACCACCACCAGGGGGUGCCCUCGGCUCUGCUCAGGCAGGCCGUGCGGGGCAGUGGUGGCGAGCUGCUGGAGAUGCAGGCCCAGCUCAGGGAGAUGCAGAGGGAGAAUGAGAUGCUGCGGCGAGAGCUUGACCUGAAGGAGAGUAAGUUGGGAUCUUCCACCAACAGCAUCAAGAGCUUCUGGAGCCCAGAGCUGAAGAAGGAGAGGAUCAUGAGGAAAGAGGAGGCGGCUCGCACGUCCAUUCUGAAAGAGCAGAUGAGAGUCACUCACGAGGAGAAUCAGCUGCUGGAUGCCAGGAGAACCAAGCAUCUCCAAAUGACCAUCCAGGCUCUGCAGGACGAACUACGCACACAGCGAGACCUCAACCACCUGCUUCAGCAGGAGAGCGGAAACCGAUCUGGCUCGGAGCAUUUCACCACCAUCGAGCUGACAGAGGAGAACUUCCGCCGGCUGCAAGCCGAGCACGACAGGCAGGCCAAGGAGCUCUUCCUGCUUAGAAAAACCCUGGAGGAGAUGGAGCUAAGAAUAGAGACGCAGAAACAAACACUCGGUGCCAGGGACGAGUCCAUUAAGAAGCUGCUGGAGAUGCUGCAGAGUAAAGGGCUGCCUCCCGGGCCGGGCAGGGCGACCGAAGAGGAAGAGCAGGAGAGAGCCAGGCGCAUUGCUGAGGCCGAGGCCCAACUCGGACACCUGGAAGUAAUUCUGGACCAGAAGGAGAAGGAAAACAUCCAUCUGCGAGAGGAACUGCACAGAAGAAAUCAGCUUCAUCAGGAUCCAAGCAAAACCAAGGCCUUGCAGACCAUCAUAGAGAUGAAAGAUACCAAAAUUGCCUCUCUGGAGCGCAACAUUCGAGAUCUGGAGGAUGAGAUCCAGAUGCUGAAGGCGAACAGCUUACUAAACACAGAGGAUCGAGAGGAGGAAAUCAAACAGAUGGAGGUCUACAAGAAUCACUCCAAGUUUAUGAAGACUAAGAUUGACCAACUGAAGCAGGAGCUGUCAAAGAAAGAGUCGGAGCUGCUGGCUCUGCAAACAAAGCUAGAGACCCUCAACAACCAGAACUCGGACUGCAAACAGCAUAUCGAAGUGCUCAAAGAGUCUCUCACUGCCAAAGAGCAACGUGCUGCCAUCCUCCAAACAGAGGUUGAUGCUCUACGUCUGCGUCUGGAAGAAAAGGAGUCCUUCCUGAACAAGAAAACUAAGCAGCUGCAGGACCUGACGGAGGAGAAGGGAACUCUCGCUGGAGAGAUCAGGGACAUGAAGGACAUGCUGGAGGUUAAAGAAAGGAAGAUUAAUGUCCUGCAGAAAAAGAUUGAAAACCUGCAGGAGCAGCUGAGAGACAAAGACAAGCAGCUGGGAAACCUCAAGGACAGGAUCAAGUCUCUGCAGACCGACUCCAGUAACACAGACACUGCCCUGGCCACCCUGGAGGAGGCGCUCUCAGAGAAGGAGAGAAUUAUUGAGCGAUUAAAGGACCAAAGAGAGAGAGAAGACAGAGAACGUCUGGAAGAAGUGGAUUCCUAUAAGAAGGAGAACAAAGAGCUGAAGGAGAAGGUCAACAACCUGCAGAUAGAGUUAACAGAGAAGGAGUCUAGUCUCAUCGAUCUCAAAGAGCACGCAUCAUCCCUGGCAUCCUCUGGCCUCAAGAAGGACUCAAAGCUCAAGUCCCUGGAAAUCGCCAUUGAGCAGAAAAAAGAGGAGUGUAGUAAGUUGGAGACGCAGUUGCAAAAGCAAGCUGAGCAGCUAUUCAGUCACAUGAACAAUCCUAAAGCUCACGAGGUGGAGCAGCAGCACUCGGGCCCCCGAGGAAACCCGGAGUACGUGGAUCGAGUAAAGCUUCUGGAAAAGGAAGUGAGCUAUUAUAAAGACGAGGCAAGCAAGGCUCAGUCGGAAGUGGAGAGGCUUCUGGACAUCCUGAGAGAGGUGGAGACGGAGAAGAAUGACAAGGACAAGAAGAUUGCUGAGCUGGAAAGCCCCCCAUCCACUGCCCCUCGCCAUACCCCUCGUUCUGGAGGCAGAGCCCCCCCUGACCCACUCCCUUCUGUGUCUGCCGCCCCUCAGCAGAUAGGGGGCAUGGUCUGGGAUUUCCUGGGAAAUUUAGCUCCAAGGCAAGGAGGUAAAGAUCAGAUCAAGAAAGGCUCCAACAUCAAACUGGGACUACAAGGGGACAAGAAAGGCUUAGGACAAGAUCCUCGCAAGGAAGGCUCUUUAGAAAGUGGUCACCACUUAAAGCUGGAGGAACUGAUGAGCACGCUGGAAAGGACGAGACAGGAGCUGGACGCCACCAAGCAACGUCUCUCCUCCACGCAGCAGUCUUUACAGGAGAGGGACACUCAUCUUACUAACAUGAGACAAGAGCGCAGGAAGCAGCUGGAGGAGAUCCUUGAAAUGAAACAACAAGCUCUGCUGGCAGCCAUCAGUGAAAAAGACGCUAACAUAGCAUUACUCGAACUAUCUGCUUCCAAUAAAAAGAAAACCCAGGAGGAGGUGCUGGCCCUGAAAAGAGAGCGGGACAAACUGAUGCACCAACUCAAACAACACACACAAAGCAGAAUGAAGCUGAUAGCCGACAACUAUGAGGAUGAGCAGUAUCAUCCACACGCUCCUCACCACCAGCCGCAGCCUCCACAUGCUCAGACUCAGCCACAGCCCCAAUACCCCCACCCUCCCCACGCUCAGCAGUCUCCUUAUCCACACGCCACACACCCCCAACACCCACAGCACCUGCAGCACCCACAAGCCCCGGCACAGCACCCUCAUCCACAGCAGCCGCAGCCCCAGUAUCCUCAACACGCGCAACACCCGCAGCACCCUCAGCAUCCGCAGCAUCCUCAGCAUCCUCAGCACUCUCAACCGCUUCCUCAACACCAACAGCAUCCACGCCCCCCACAGCCACAGCACCCGCACCAACAGCACCCGCAGCAUGUGCCGCAGCACCCACACGGACAUCCGGCUCCACAGCACCCUCACCCCCAACACCCACAUGGCCCGCCCCCCCAAGGACCUCACCCGCAGCAUCCUCACCCGCAGCAUCCUCAGCACCCUCAGCAUCCCCAACAUCCACACCACGCCCAGCAUCCCCAUCACCCCUCACCUCACCAUCGUGGAGGGCCGGCCCGUGGACCGCCACACGCAGGUCACCGUCCCUCUCCAGACCAGGAUGAUGAGGAGGGCAUUUGGGCGUAGCUGAGACAACCAAAGCUCUAAUGUUGUUUUGAGGGGAGAUUCAGUCACUACUGGAGGAGCAUGGUCAUCCCAAGAUGUUGAAACACCACCCAAAUAAACAUUUAUCACCUUCAGUGAAUCAGUACUUCUGAGCAGUGGGACCUUUAUUUAUUUAUUU